GAGUACUAAUUUUAUUAAUUCUGUGUAUAAUAGGUUUUGGCAAAAUAUACAAAGAUGAUUCCUGUUAUGCUGAUGGGUACUCUUGUUUAUGGGAUCAAAUACACUAUCCCGGAGUACAUUUGCACAUUCCUUGUUGCUGGAGGGGUAUCAUCAUUUGCACUUUCGAAGGUUAGAUGGUUUCCUCUGUUUCCUGAUGUGGGAAAAUUUUUGACGAUUGUUUAUCAAUUGAAACAGAUAACCUAUCAUCCUUUUCUUGCUAACACCACCAUCACUACUACCCGCAAGUUUGUCAGCAUCGUCGUCUCCUCUUUGAUAAGCGGUAAUCCCUUGUCCCCGAAGCAUUGGGCAAGUGUGGUAAUGGUGUUCUCGGGGCUCUCUCUGCAGAUCUUCCUCAAGUGGAGGAAGAUCCAGCGAACGAAGAAGGGAAGAAAGGCCACAUGAGGC